AUGAACAUAAACUUUGAGGGACUAGUUACUGGUAAGACUGAAUCUAACACUUCGGGAGGUUCGGUUCGUGGCUCAGGGAAGGAUAGGGUGAUACUAAACGUCGGAGGAUAUCGACAUGAGACGUAUUUGAGCACACUAAGGGUUGUUCCCGACUCAAGGCUAGCGUGGAUAGGCGAGAAUGCGUCCAAACAGGCGGAUUACGAUCCGGAGACCAAUGAAAUCUUUUUUGACCGCCAUCCUGGAGUGUUCGCGAAUGUUUUGAACUACUACCGCACGGGUAAGCUGCACUGCCCUGGGGAUGUGUGCGGGCCGCUGUUUGAGGAAGAACUCGCGUUUUGGGGCAUAGAGGAGUUGCAAAUGGAGCCAUGCUGCUGGAGUAACUAUACUCAACACAGAGACGCACAGGCCACGCUCAAGGCCUUCGAGGGUUUGCAGAAGGACACGGAGGACUCAGAGUAUGAAGCGGGGGAAAGAUUGGCAAGGAGACAAAAAACAAAAAUGCAGCAAUUCUGGGCACUUCUGGAGCAACCUUACUCAUCCAAAUACGCACAGAUCCUCGCCAUGGUCUCCCUGGUAAUUAUUAUUCUCUCCGUCACUACUUUCUGCAUCGAAUCGAUGCCCUUCGCAGACGCUUUCAAAAAAGAGUUCCAAAUCCUAGAAAUCCUAUAUUGCGUGUGGUUUACUUUCGAGUUUGUCGCGCGCGCGAUCGCGUGUCCAAGCAAAGUGGAAUUUAUCAAGAACUUCAUGACUUGGGUUGAUGUAUUAUCCAUCAUUCCACUUUACAUCAGCUUUGCCAAAGGCGACCAAACGCUAGACUUUCUAUUUGUACUCAGACUAGUCAGGAUUUUCCGGUUAUUCCGGUUUUUUCGGACCAUGAGUGGAAUGCAAGUGAUUGGGCACACGCUACGCGCGAGUGCGCGCGAGUUGUUCCUACUUGUCUUGAUACUUCUUAUACCGAUGGUCAUCUUCUCAACACUAGUGUUCUACGCGGAGAAAUCGAGUAAGAGCAAAGGCGAGUUCCCCAGCAUACCAGACGCGUUUUGGUGGGCAAUCAUCACCAUGACAACAGUCGGAUACGGUGACGUCACUCCCAAGACUCCCCACGGCCGAUUCAUAGGUACCCUGUGCGCAUGCAUCGGAGUGCUAAUCGUGGCACUUCCGGUCUCGGUCAUCGGGAGCAAUUUUACACUUUUCUAUUCUCACGCACAGGCGCAGCUAAAAUUACCCAAGAAGAAACACAAGCCGCUGUUACUGGGAGCGGCAGGGGUUCUCGUCUCCGAGACGACACUAAACAACAACGACGAGAAUGAAUCCCAAAAUAAUGUAAAUGAGAGUAUGGAUAUGUUAGCGCCGUCUUCUCUGCAGCCAAGAUUAUCGUCAACAGAGUUUAAACACUUACGGAACCCGUCCAUCAUCCCAAGGGCGCGAGGCUCACGCCGUCAAGGUCAAGGGGCCAUCGAGACGGCGAGCAUGCCGUUCCCAAGGAUGUCGAAGAUAGACUCGGAGGCGUCGGACUCGGAGCAGAGUCACGCUAAGACGCGCAGCCAGGCUCUCAGCCCGGACACGAGCGGUAGCAUGACUAAUAUCUCGAAUGGGUUGCGGGGUAUUAGCGAGGUGAUGCUACAGAUAACUGCGCCUGUGUCGAGACGCAUGGCAAUCUCGCCCUGCCCCACCCCCCCUAAUAAACGCGGCUCUCGCAAGAAGCGACGACUUAAGAGAACUUUCUCCGGAAACGAGGAGUCCUCGGGGCAUGAGCGGGAGAGUUUUUACACGACGGAUGCGGAUAGCGCUAACGAGGGUAAUUUUGCACUUGAGGAAUUAAAGGAUAAAAUGCGAGCACAGACUCAGGGAAGUGAUUCGUCCAAUACCAAUCCACACUCAAGUAAGGAGAAUAUCACAUCUGGUGAAGAAAACAUGCGGCACAUGCACAGCAGGAACAGCUCUCAAGGGUCCCAUACUAGAUCCCCAAAGCACGCCCUUGAUACACAGGUGUCAAUCGAAAAGUCAUCAUCGCAUAUCAGUCUUGAAGCGAUCACAAUUAAGCCUAAGGUGACUGACCAAGGGGGAGAUGGUAAGAAGGGGCCUCAUCCCGACACCUCCCCUCACCUAAAUGAAGAAACGGAAGAGACUUGGGUAAAACAGAAUAAGGGAAGGGCUAGGUCACGUGUUAGUAAUUGUAGGCGUUCACCUUUGCUAGAUGAGGAGCGGCGUGGUGAGAGACCCAGAAGGCGCCUUGUGUUACUCCCUAGCCCGCUGCACACCCCUGAAGGACAGGUCAAAAGACUCUCGUGUAAUGGUUCCCAUAAUGAUCUCGAAACACGGAAUGCUACUGCACUCAACGAACGAAGGACGAGUUCCGAACGAAAUGUUGCAUGCGGGCAUAAUCUAUCUCGGGAUACCUCCGUGUCAAGGUCGCUAGACCGAAUAGGCAGCGGGACGUGCCGACGAUUCAACGAAGACACAUCGAGCUCAGCGGAGUUCGGCGAGAACUCCCGAAGAGUUCAAUUCAUCAACAAUACAGUGGUAUAGCCACAAAUUAUUUGAAAUUUGGAUCAGGAAAUUAAAUAAGCUGCUAUUUCUCAGCAACGUAACGAUUCCUUAAUUAGAAUUAGUCGGAUUUUACCAUCUACGCUUAGCUUAGAUUCGAAAAAGAAUUCUAUAGGAAUGCAGUAGUAAAAGUUUUUUGCUUCCUGUCAUUGCCAUGGUUUGCAUAUAGAACAAAUCAAAUUCGAAUAAUUUUGCAAAAAGAAGAGCAUUAUUUUUUAUUAAUUAAAGAGAAAUUAUAGACAAAUAGUAAAAAUGUUAUUCCCUGAAAGGGCACUUUCUUAAAUACAGAUAUUUGUGUUCCAUGCCUUUUUUUUUUUACUUAAAUCCAGGAAGGUGUGACAUUUAAAAAAGAAUUCUGGCCUUUUUCGUAAGCAAUGAAUAAAUUGUUUUUUGUUGCUGUUAUUUUGCAGCUAAAAGCCUAAACGCGCGCUAGUUUGCCACACAAACAGUCACGUGAUCUCUUAGCGCAAGUCCCCUAUUGCUUCCCGAGCCGACGCAAAUAGUUUUCUCACACUUCAGCUAUUUCGGAUGACUAGAAUGACAAAAAGGCGACUGACAGAAACGCAUUAAUGGAGGCAUCUAAAUACACCCUUUUAGUGAGGAGAUGGUUGGGACAUUGUUACUGGCUACUAUAGUGUCCGCAAAUACGCAUUGUACAUACAAAAAAAAACAUUAUACUAUGUACUUUAUAUUUGUUUUAUAGAAAGUGUAAUUAAAUCAAAUGAUUACCAAAA